AAUAAGCUCUUUUUUUUAAACAAACGAUGUUGAUGACACGUUUCUCACGGCUCCAUCAUCUUCUUCUCCUUCAACCAAGAUUCCAGCAAUCUCGUGUUCUCCGUCAUCCUCCAACCAAACCUCGAACAUUCAUCAGAUCGGCGAUGGGUUCGUCUUCCUCUUUCUCCUCUUCGAAGCUUCUCUUCCGACAGCUCUUCGAGAAAGAGUCUUCCACCUACACUUAUCUUCUCGCCGACAUUUCCCACCCGGACAAACCUGCUCUCUUGAUUGAUCCGGUGGACAAGACUGUUGAUAGAGACUUGAAGCUGAUUAAUGAGUUAGGGUUGAAGCUUGUCUACGCUAUGAACACUCAUGUUCAUGCUGAUCAUGUCACUGGAACUGGUCUUCUUAAGACAAAGCUCCCAGGUGUGAAAUCUGUAAUCUCGAAAGCGAGUGGUUCCAAGGCAGAUAAGUUUCUUGAACAUGGAGAGAAAGUAUCUAUUGGUAAUAUAUACCUCGAGGUCCGUUCUACACCUGGACAUACAGCAGGAUGUGUUACAUAUGUGACUGGAGAGGGAGCAGAUCAGCCCCAACCAAGAAUGGCUUUUACCGGGGAUGCUGUACUGAUCCGUGGUUGUGGUAGAACCGACUUUCAGGGUGGAAGCUCGGAUCAGCUCUAUGAGUCUGUGCACUCACAGAUAUUUACAUUGCCAAAGGACACAUUGAUCUAUCCAGCUCAUGACUACAAAGGUUACGAGGUAAGUACAGUCGGAGAAGAGAUGCAACACAACCCACGUUUAACUAAAGAUAAAGAAACAUUCAAAACCAUUAUGUCAAAUCUGAAUCUGGCGUAUCCGAAGAUGAUUGAUGUUGCAGUACCAGCAAACAUGGUAUGUGGAUUACAGGACCUGCCUUCUCAACCCAACUAAAAAAAACUUCUACGCUAUUGGUUUCUCCUACAUUUUAUAUUUUAUCAGAAGACAAAUAAAAAGCUCGUGAGAGUGAGUUUGUGUAAUAAGAUCUUUGUUACAUUAGAUUAAGAUACGGUAGUAAGUAUGUGCAACUUAGGUUGAGCAUAUGGAGGUUUGUGUUGAAAGAUGAAAACAUAUUUUCGUGUUCUA